AUGGCGGCUUUCGCCAUUGUUAUGAUGGUGUGCUUAGUUCUCAUCCAUGGUGGCCAAUGCAAGGGUCUUUUUAAUGCAGCAGAGGCUUUACAUAAAGCUAAAGAUGCCGAAAAUGGUGAUGUCGGUCCCGAUGUUAAAGCUUUCAACGUGUUGGAUUAUGGUGCAAAGCCUGAUGGAAAGACAGAUAGUUCAAUCAAUUUUAGAAGGACUUUCGAAGCUGCUUGUAAUUUCCAUGGAGAUGCAAUGAUGGUAAUCCCUGAAGGCGAGUUCUUAAUGGGACCUGUUUUAUUUUCAGGUCCAUGUUCCAAUCCAUCUUUGUUGAUUAUUCAAGUUAAUGGAAUUGUUAAAGCUCAAUCUAAUAUGGCGUAUUAUCGAGGUGGUGGAGACGAUGAUACGGAUUGGAUUACAUUUCAGGCCAUUGAUGGUUUAAUUGUGUCCGGACGUGGUACUUUCCAUGGCCAAGGUUCCCAGGUUUGGGGUUUCAAUGACUGUGCCAGGAAGUCGAACUGCGUCCGCUUGCCCGCCACAUUGAAGUUCAUCAAGGUAACCGAUGCGAUCAUCCGUGGGAUAAAAUCCAUUGACCCCAAAGGGUUCCACAUCAUGAUCAGCAUGAGUCGGAAUUUUAGGAUUUUCAGCGUUGAUUUGCAAGCCCCCGGUGAUAGUCCCAACACCGACGGUAUUCACAUGAGCAAAUCAGACCUCGUUAAAAUAUCGAAAACUGUCAUCGCUACGGGUGAUGAUUGUGUCUCGAUGAUCCAUGGAUCUACCAACAUUAGCAUCAAGAAAGUCAUUUGCGGCCCUGGUCAUGGUUUCAGCAUCGGUAGCCUUGGCCACUACGACGAUGAGGCAGAUGUUAGCGGGAUCAUCGUGAAAAAUUGCUCAUUAAGAGAAACGGACAACGGUGUUAGAAUCAAAACAUACAAAACUGACUCCCCAAGUAAAGCUUCGGGCAUAAUUUUUCAAGACCUGAUCAUGACUCGAGUUCGAAACCCCAUCAUCAUAGAUCAAGAAUACGGAAACACGAAAUACAGUCAGCCAUCGAAAGUCCGAAUCAGCGACGUUCACUAUAUAAACAUCCGAGGAACUUCAGCUAGCAAAGUUGCAGUUGAUCUACUUUGCAGCGCGUCGAAUCCUUGCCAGGGCAUUCACUUAGACAACGUCAACUUGCAAUAUGCCGGUCCUCCAAAUGACGACAUGCCCUUCAGUUCCAAUUGUCGGAACGCCAGGGUCGCUUACCACGGCUACCAAAGCCCUCCGCCUUGCCGUUAG